AUGACCAUGGAAAUGAAUCAACAACAUCCCCAGUCACAGUUUCCACCGGGAACUAUUCUACUUGAAGACAGGCUGGACUCUGGGACAAGGUUCUUACGCAGUCCCGUUCCCAGUGCAGAUCCAAAUGAUCCUCUGAACUGGUCACCAUUUCGGAAAGCUGUUAACUUUGGCCUGGCCUGCUUUUAUGUCCUUUUUACUUUUGUGUUACUUGAUAUCCAAUCGAUUGCGUAUCAAGGUUAUACCGAAGAGUUGCAUCUGUCCUACCAGACUUUAAAUGAUGCUAGUGCUGCAAAUUUUGCGGGGCUAGCACUUGGAUGUAUCCUGUUCAUCCCGCUAGUACACAAAUAUGGUCGUCGUCCUAUCUAUAUCCUAAGUUCAGCUGUCCAGUUUGCCAUGGGCAUCUGGUCCGCCAAAGUGCAGACAGGGGGUGAGCUGGUUGCAAUCAACCUCAUAAUGGGCCUGGGUGGCGCUCUCAGCGAAACCAUUACCAUGAUCACUAUUGUCGAUUUAUUUUUUGUCCACCAACAUGCCCGGAUGAACGCUAUCUUUCUGUUUAUGCAGACGCUUGGGGCCACAGGUGGCCCUAUCUCUGCGGGAUACAUUGCCGUCGCCGAAGGAUGGCGGUGGAUCUGGUGGUGGACCGCCAUCUUCCUCGGCACCAAUUUUGUUGCUGUUCUCUUAUUUUUUGAGGAGUCCAAAUUCGUUCCAACGGCCGUGGACCAAGGUCUCAACAUGACCCGGGGUGACAUCACUGAGGGCCAAAGUAAAGGCACCAUCGAAGAGAAUGAGAAUGUCACUGAAGGGCUUAAACCAGUUUCCUCUUUGGUUACGGAAUAUUCCAAAAAAUCAUUAACCAAAAGGCUUGCUUUCGUCACAAAAACCGAUAUUCCGAUCAAACGGCAUUUUUAUCAGCCCUUGCUUGCUUUUUUUAUCUUUCCUGCUGUUACCUUCACGGCAUUGACAUACGGCCUUUUACUUGCCUGGUUUGCGAUAAUUUCCUCAGCCGGCUCCUACUUUCUGCUUGAUCCCCCUUACAACUUCAGUCCCGCAAACAUUGGCCUCUUUCACCUGGCCGGAUUUAUUGGGGCAACUAUCGGCGCUGUAGUCGGGGGCUCAGGAAGCGACUGGGCUAUUGUUCGGGCCUCCCAGAGAAAUUGUGGUAUUUUUGAGCCGGAAAUGCGUCUUUGGAUGAGUAUUCCUGGGUCAGUUUUCGCGUGUGCUGGCAUUUUACUUUUUGGAAUUGGCCUUGGAGAGGGUUUACCGUGGAUCAUUCUUGCUGUCGGCACUGCAAUAUUUGGGUUUGGAUUCAUCAUCACAGCGGACAUCGCUUUGACCUAUCUGACAGACAGCUACCCCGAUAUUCUUGGAGAUGCUUUGGUUGCCGUUGUUUUCGUGCGCAAUGGAAUAUCGAUGAUCAUCAAGUUUGUUUUCACGCCGUGGAUCGACAAAUUGGGCAUUAGAGACACAUUUGUCUGUGUGGGAAUGCUCUCCUUAUUGGCAUUUUUCAUGCCUCUUCCACUUAUGUUCUGGGGUAAGAAAGCUCGCAGCAAAACAGCAGCGAAGUAUGUCCAGUUUGCCAACCAGCAGCCUGUUCGCAGACAUCCAUAA